AUGACGCCUCACAAGCCUGUCGCCGCCUCUGCCACCAAGAACCAACACGGCGCGGCUGCCUCGCGACCGGCAGCCAAGCUUCUUGACACCGAACGCGCUACGCGUACUGGCAGUAAAGACAGCCUGCGGUCCAAGCAGCCAAAGAAGCUCGACGAUACGCCCAAGCCAGACAAAAAUGAAGAGCUACUGAAGACCUUCAGAUCCGACUUGGACAGCCUUCGGUCGCUUGUUACUUGCAAAAUAUGCGACAGGCUUCUCUACGAACCUUACGUCAUAUCAUGCGGUCAUACGUACUGCUACAGUUGUCUUUGCACUUGGUUUGUCAACAACAGGUCAAGAAAGACAUGUCCGGAUUGCAGAGCUACAGUCGUCCAGCCUCCGGCACCCGCGUACCUCGUUCGAGAAAUGGCCUCUGUCUUUAUCAACCGCGCCGAACUCCUUCCACCUGGGGAAACGCUUGAACAACAUAAAAAGUGGCAGCAAGAAGAGGCAGAUGCUGUGCAGCUGGAUAAGAACAACGAUGAUAUCCGCACAGGCGGGCUGUUCAGAGGUUGCUUCAGCAGAUGGCUCGACCCCAAACUGCGAGUCAUUCGUGACGAAGAAGACGGCGUUGACCGCUGCCCCAUAUGUUCAUGGGAGCUUGAAGACGGCGAGUGCGCGCAGUGCGGAUUGCAAUUCGAUGACAGCGGUGAUUUGGCAUGGGGAAACAGUUUCAACGGCUUCAGCGACAUGGACGAGACGUCCGAACAUGACACUCUAAGCGAAGAUCUGGAUGCCGACAUUGACCUUGAGGACCCUGAAGCCAUUCUUGAUUUGGACGGCUAUGAUCACGGCACAGAAGAUUGGCAAGACCAAAGUGAGGACUACGAGCAAGAGUAUACUGUAAGGAGAUGGCUCCACAAUGAUGCAAUAGCUCGAGAACAACCCGCAUUUAGAAUCGUACGCCCGGCUGCCCACAGUGCUGCCGGCAGCAGGCGUCGAUCAUACAGCGCCAGCAUCGUGUCUAACGUACACACCGAGGAUACUGAGAUGGACAUACUGGAGGAGGAAAAUGAGGACGAAGAUGACGGGGAUUCGUCCAUGAAUGAUUUCAUUGAUGACGAUGAACUUGAAACAGCUUCUCAAUCCACUCAGUCCAUUCAAAGCCAGACUCCUACGCCGCCGAGUAACUUCCGCGCGCGUAGGCGACGUGUGGUAGGAACUGAGUCCCCUUCAACCGCCUCAUCACAACACGACGAUGACGAUGAAAACGACGACGAAGAGGGACCUAUCCCAGCCGGAAGAAGACGGCCACCGUAUCGUACACUGCUGCAGGCCAGGUCGACCAACAGACGUCGCGUCGCGCCCUCUGAAACGACCGAGGAAGCUUCUUCUGUUGACCAGGAUUUUGGGUCUUCUUCUGUAGACCAGGAUUUCGAAGAGGACACUCAAGCUUUACUUUAUCAAGAAGGAUGGUCUCCGCUGGGACACGACGCUCCAGAUGAUGAAAUGGAUGAGGAUGAUGAUGAUGACAGUGAUGGGGGAAGCACGACCGUUGGGUGGGAGCCGACUACGAAUUCCAUUGAAAGAUCCCGAAUUGGUGGUUCUCUGACUCCUACUGCAGAUAGACCGAACGCGGCGAUCCGACCGCCGUCCCGUGUGGGCAACUCCAGACUUCCCGAUGGCUCCCGGGGCCUACGUCGGCGCAGUUCUGUGCUAUCCGCGGUUUCAAGCGCCAAUUACGAAGAUGGAGAGGCCGACGACGAUGAUUCCGAUAUCGACCGAGACGGAGACAGUAGUAUGCGCAGCCCAACUAUAAGGCCUCGUGGUUCACGCUUGCGUUUGAGGGAUGUUGCUCCUGCGAAUAACGGGCGUCCGCCGACUCGCAACACUCAAUUUACGAAUAGCACAGUUGACCCAGAUACUGACGAAAAUUCGGAUGACACUAUGGCCCCAGGAGCUCGCCGUCGCCCCCGCAUUCAUCGACAAGAAUAUGACCCUCGAAUUAGCUGGGCUUUUGCGCAACACAUGGCUGACAUACGCGAUCUUAAUCUUCAGCGAGGUGAUAUUCUUAAUCCGUUGGAUCAAUUGCGUGGGACCACUCCCAUUUCCCGUCCUAGAACAGCGAACAGGAACCGACACUCCGGCAUGCUCGCACCUGCUUUUUCCCCGUUAUCUAACGGACCUUUACCUCCUUUCUCGCCUCCAGCAAAUGCCCCAGCUAGACUUCGUACCCCCCUUGAUCAAAGUCCUGCCAGCGGAGCCUCCAGCAUGUCUCCACGCUCUGGAAGGACAUCCAGUUCGGCAGCUCAAUCAUCCAAUCCCAGUGCCGAGGGAACCAAUGUUGGACCUCGUAGAGCGCCUACUAGCCCCAAUGGUAAUGGAGCAAUUUCUAGCACAAUAACUUCUACGGCCCAUAUGGAGCAUGGAACCUCUCAGCAGAACCGAGCGCCCGCUUCAGACGUUGUAGAUCGUCCCGGGAGUAGGGUCAGCUCUCGACCACCAUCGGCUGCAGGAAGACGCAAUUCUGGUGCAUUCAGUACUGGAUAUCAAGUACCGAUGUCGCCGGGUCUGAAUUUCGCAGCGCGUUUCCAGGCACAACAAACUCGCAACCCAUGGAAUCCCUUCAUUCCAGCCAACCCCCGGCCGCGGCCGUCCACACAGCGUCUUAGAGACCAAUCUUCCACCGCCACACUGAGACCUCGUAAUUCUCAGCGUGGACUCCGUCAGCAACCGUCGCAAGCUAAUAUGAGAGAUGUUACCCCUGUUCAGCACAUAAGGCAGCAAUCGUCACGAGUAAACCUACGUCCUCAGCCUUCCCACAACCGGUUGUCAAGCCAAGCCUCUACACGCACUCUUAGAGGCAACAGUGUACCUGUAAUGCAACCGUCGCCAGUAGUAGGCCCUAGUGUCAGUCCUGUCGGUUCGGCUCGUUCGCGAUUGACUGAGGAGGAGCGUCUGAGCCGGGCUCGUGAACUCAUUAGUAGCAGACAACAGGCUCUCGGAGCCGGGACUAAUCCUUUCGCCGCCGGAAGAAGCAGGCAAGGCCCUACUCAAAACAGCGGUGUCGCUGGAGGAGCUGCACGAGGCCAGUUUGAUGCAACCAACGUACAGUCUGUCAGUGGUUUAUCCACAAGUUCUUCACACUCGGCUUCGUCGCAGAACGUAAGCUCUGCUGCUCAAAAUGCCUCUCCAGGUCUUGGUCGGCGCAGAAGCAACCGCAACAUUGGAGCUCCUCCUGGUGCAUUUGCCCCUUCUCCAACUUCUCCAUCUAGUGGCUUCAUACGAACUAGAAACGGGUCUGCUGGGAUUUCACCUUUCCCUGCCCGUGAUCGCACCGUGGUUUACAGCAACGAAAUUGCCGCUGGUGGAAGCAACCUGCAGUAUUAA